GCACGCCGCAGCACGGAGUGCGGCCGUGCGCCGCCCGCCUCGGUUUACAAAAAAAAACAAAAACAAACGCGAAUCGGGCUCGGUUCUGACACGCGACGUAUCCGAAAUUGUAGUGCAAAUUAAUAUAAUAGUGGCACGUUUUAUAAUUAAGUUCUAACAAAAAUGCGUCGAAACGUCAAACUUCUUUUCCUUAUUGGAGCUGUCUGGAUGUUUUUCCUAUUUUACUUCAUGCAACCUGACUCUACACAGACAAAGGAAGAAAAUAUAGCUCUCCGCCUGAUAAAGCAGCAUUCAGAUGUAGAAGAAGCAGAUAGUAGUCCAGCGUCACCGGAUGAUCUCGGUACGGUAACCGGACGGGCGUACUUCGACGAAGCCGGAUACGUCACGGGCGGAACGAAAGAUGCGGAUCCAUACGUCAGGAACCGGUUCAACCAGGCCGCUUCAGAUAAUUUACCUAGUAAUAGAGCCGUGCCUGACACCAGAAACGCCAUGUGCCGUUUGAAGAAAUACGAAGCGGAUUUACCACAGACCAGCGUCAUAAUAACGUUCCACAACGAAGCACGGUCGACGCUCCUACGCACCAUUGUCAGUGUCUUGAAUAGAAGUCCUGAAGAGCUGAUCAAAGAAAUCAUCCUCGUAGAUGACUUUAGUGAUAAUCCUGAUGACGGAGCAGCUCUCCGAGCGAUCCGCAAGGUUCGUGUAAUUAGAAACAACAGACGAGAGGGCCUGAUGAGAUCCCGAGUGAGGGGGGCAGACGCCGCCACUGCACCUGUGCUCACCUUCCUGGAUUCGCACGUGGAGUGCAAUGUCCAUUGGUUGGAACCACUAUUGCAGAGGAUUAAAGAGGAUCCUACUCGUGUGGUAUGCCCGGUCAUUGACGUGAUCAGCAUGGAUACCUUCCAAUACAUUGGAGCUUCGGCAGAUCUUCGAGGAGGUUUCGAUUGGAACCUCGUCUUUAAGUGGGAAUACCUAUCUCACUCCGAGCGUAGUGCCAGACUCAGCGACCCGACACAAGUGAUCAGGACACCCAUGAUCGCUGGUGGACUAUUCAGCAUGGAUCGCCUGUACUUCAACAAGCUUGGCAAAUAUGACAUGGAGAUGAACGUCUGGGGAGGAGAGAAUUUGGAGAUUUCUUUCAGAGUUUGGCAAUGUGGAGGCUCCCUAGAAAUCGUGCCCUGUUCCCGUGUAGGUCAUGUGUUCCGCAAACGCCAUCCCUACACCUUCCCUGGAGGUUCUGGAGCGGUCUUCGCGAGGAACACCAGGAGAGCUGCCGAAGUCUGGAUGGAUGACUAUAAGGAACUUUAUUACAGAUCUCAACCCUUAGCGAAACAGGUCGAUUACGGGGAUAUAAAUGAACGACUAGCACUUCGAGAGAAGCUCCACUGCAAACCAUUCCGUUGGUACUUAAACAAUGUGUAUCCAGAAUUGCAAAUCCCGGCCAUGGUUGGAAACGUGCAUUCCAUUCGACAAGGUUUGCGGUGUUUAGAUACCAUGGGCCACCUUGUUGAUGGUACUGUAGGCAUGUAUCCCUGUCACAACACAGGCGGGAACCAAGAAUGGCGAUACGAGAAUGGUCUUCUCCGGCAUCAUAGCAUAUGUAUUUCACUCUCGGAAGACCGAGUAACUGCGGUUUUAGCCGCCUGUGACCCAACAGACGACGCCCAGUUAUGGAAAUGGAAAGGCCUUACGAUCAGACACGCAAAACUCGAUUCGUGUCUGGAUUCCGCGAGACCAGAAUUGUAUUUGGAACAAUGUGACGAAGACAAACCAAGUCAACAGUUCACGUUCUAAAGAACUUUCAAAUAGUCAAUCGAAAUGAGACUCGUGUUAGUGAAAAGUGAGAGAGUUCAGAUGUAUAAACGCUUCUAAGCCUUCCAUUGGUUGUUUGGAACUGUGAAGCAAGUGUCCCUACAUUCUUUUGUAUGAGAAAUAAGUGGCAUCUUUAAGCAUUAAGUUACGACUCUAUGAAUUGUGGCACCUGAAAAGUACAUGAGUGCUUGGCUGCGGAAUGAAGAAUCGAUAUCGAAGUGAUACCUAUCGAAGUUUCAGAGGUGAAUAUUUGAUUUAGUGGUACUUAUCUAAGAGAACUUUAACGAAAUGAAUUAAUUGCCUAAAAUUAUCAAUUAGCCACGAGACUUCUUCCGUGUAACAUAGACUUACUUUACAAAUUCGAGGAAAGCAAAUUUUGAACAUAUAUCACAAAAUUCUGACCCGAAUUAUCUAAAUAAUAUAUUUCCAUCAAAUUGUGGGUUUCAAUUAUUCGUUUUCAAUCAACCACGAUUGAGUAGUUAGAAAUC